GUUUAACACUUCACUGCCUCACUAAAAACAAUAGCAGAAUCUCAAAAUAUAUAGCUCUCGAAAAAUAUAAUUAAUAUAAGGAUAAAAUGAACAUAUUGGACCUGCCACAGACAGUUCUGCUGGACAUUUUCGAGUGGCUGCCCUAUGACGAGGUGGCCAAAAAACGAGAAGUUUGUACCAGAUUUAAUUAUGUUGGGCAACAGGUAUUGAACACAGGAUUCAACAAGAUAAUCCUGGAGCAUGCUAAAAAUUUUAAACGGAUCAAAUCCAUGCUGCCACGCCGGGAAUCCGAGCGCAGAAACCACGUCCUGGCCCGCCACUCCGACAUACUGACCUCUAUAGAGACACGCAUCUCGAUGCUCACGAUGACGUACUCCAAGUUUAUUGACCUUAACAUCUGCUGCUUUAUUCCGGGACGUGUUCUAGACGAGAUUAGCAGUAUUCUCCGCCUGCUCAGCACCUCCACAAAACAGCUUCGGCCACACGAAGUGUUGCAGGAACUGCGCGACAUCUCCUCCAUGGCCAUCGAGCACUUUGAUGAGAAAAUUGCCGUCAACUUUAAGCUGGAGCACCGGAAACAGCUGGCAGAGUCCUCAGCGACAGGUACGAGGCUGGUGGUCUGUGGCACCCUGGGUGACAUCAGUUUCAGCGGCGUCAAGCGAAACGGUGUGAACCGACCCGGGGAUCAUGCCAUUGUCCAGCAGGCCAUCGUCCAAUUGGCAGCCCCGAUCUCCGCCAACAACCAGCCACACCAGAAUGUACCCAACAGGGAACGUCUCACCAAACACCUGCACAGACAACUUCAAGCACAGAGAACCCUGACGAUGAGGGUUCGGACCUUGGAGGCGUUACGAAAGGCGCAAGAUCGACGAUUGCAGGAGGCGCUGGGCAGCAUAACAGAGCUCACCACCCAGGUGUCGGAGCUGAAGAGGCAGCUGGAGGACGUGGUGGCCAACCUGCCCAGCGGGCCUGUGCAGCGACAAGCGGUGGCCAGUGCCGACUGCUUGGCCCCCGCGAUGAAGAAACCCAAGGUCUAGCCAAGGAAUUUAAUUUUUUUUUUGUAAAAUACGCAUGUGUAGCAUAAUAUGUAUGACUUCUCGAAACCAUUUCUGAAAUUCACCCAUCCUUAGGUUUAAGUUAUAAAGUGUAAGCAUUAACUGGACAGGUCAGCUUCGAUAUAUCGCGUUAAGAUUUAUUGUUGCACUUGUUACUUAAAUAAUGUAUUACUAAUAUAUAUAUGUAUAUAUAUAAAUACAUUGAACAUCUAGUGAAA